CACAAUAUGAUCCCUGCCCCACCCGGUCUCCACGCUUGGACUUUGCCCUGACCGCCGCUUCCCCUCUUGUUGGACUGCGCCAUGGAUUUGAGCAACUUGCAGAAAGUGCUCGGAGUGACGGGCCUCGGACUGGGCUUGGUUGUAGGAGUGGGUCUGGGGAAGAGGUUCUUUUCUCAGUCUCACGGAAGGUCUUUUAAGAGUCACGGAGGUGCCAAAGAUGAUCCUUUGACGAAAUACGUCCUACAGAAUUCCCUGCGGGAACAUCCUGUGCUGCAGAAGCUGAAGCAGCGGACUCUAGAGGAUCAGAAUUAUUUAAUGAUGGUGGCGUGUGAGGAAGCUCAGCUCCUGGCAAACCUGGCCACUCUCAUCAAGGCCAAGAAGGUUAUUGAAAUAGGAGUCUACACCGGAUACAACACGCUGAACAUGGCCCUGACACUGCCAGCUGAUGGCGUGGUCGUUGCCUGCGACAUCAAUAUGGACUUUGCCAACAUUGGGAAACCAUUUUGGAGCGAGGCUGGAGUGGAACAUAAAAUUGACCUUCGCAUUAAACCAGCUUCAGAGACACUUGAUGAGCUCCUCCAGGCUGGUGAGGCUGAGACCUACGACUUUGCCUUCAUAGACGCCGACAAGGUGAAUUAUUGCUUAUAUUAUGAGAAAUGCCUACAACUUAUACGCAAAGGAGGAAUAAUCGCAAUUGACAAUGUUCUGUGGGGGGGCCGUGUACUGAGCCCAGGAAAUGAUGCUGAGACACUCAGCAUUGACGAACUGAACAAGAAGAUCGCCAGGGACAGUCGGGUGAACGUCAGCAUGCUUGCCAUUGGUGAUGGGGUCACCCUAGCCUUCAAGCUGUAGUGGUUGCACCUUCCACGGGCUGAGACAGUUGAAACGCUGCAGAGUCGCAGCAACAGGCCAUUUGGCCCAUUACCUGAAACCUUUCUGCACUUUUGAUUUUGAUGCUCCCCUGUAACCUGCCUGACUCAGUAUUCACCCGUUUUCCCGCCCACUCACAGUGACAAACCAUCUCCUUCACAGAAGUGUUCGCUAGAACCAAUCAAGCAAAGACUGAAAAAUGGAGCAAAUUCUUCAAAUUACAAACACAGGAGGCGGGAGAUACUGACAUUGAAAACACUUACACAGUCUGCUGGAGGAACUCUGUAGGCCCAGCGGCGUCUAUGGAGAGAGAAUGUUUGUUACUCCAUAUUCCAGCAUCUGCAGCCUCCUCUGUCGUCUUUCAUUGGUCAGUCGGUACUAUGUCCAUACCCAGAAGGAAACCAACAUGGAGGAGAGUAAGAGGCUCACUGGGGUUCAGGAACAUGUGAUUUCAGCACAUUUGCCAAAGUCCCAGUGUAUGGCACAUGCCUGUGGCACACGGUGCAGUGUGUAGCCUCGCUUGAACAACGGCCACGCGACCCAUGUCCAGGCCCUGCACUGGAGGAUGUGCCCUGGCACAAUAUCCGUCUGGGUUACUCCACGGGCUCCACGUGGGUCCUACUCCCCCUCCAGGGUCUCUCCGGGCCCCCUCCACCCCCCCGUGGGCCUCUCCGGGCCCCCUCCGGCACCCCCCCCCCACUCCAGGGCCUCUCUGGGACCCCUCCGGCCCCAGCCCCAGCCCCCUCCAGGGUCUCUCCGGGCCCCCUCCACCCCCCCGUGGGCCUCUCCGGGCCCCCUCCGGCACCCCCCCCCCCAACUCCAGGGCCUCUCUGGGACCCCUCCGGCCCCAGCCCCAGCCCCCUCCAGGGUCUCUCUGGCUACCUCCAGCCUCAAUACAACCUGCCCCAAGCCUCCCCCGCCAUCCACUAUCACUGGAUAAACAUUGUAGAUAACUGACAUCUGCACAAAGACAUCCUUGCCUUAAAUGACGUCAAAAGAUGGUGGGAGGAUUGGGGGCUUCUUGGGAGCAAGUAACUGGGGGCAAAUGCCUGCCUGGCAGCCCCCGUGAAGCAUAACUGCAGCAAAUUUUUUUUCACCAAAUGUAGCUUUUAGAUUGAAUUCUUUGAGUUUUGGAUUAAAGCUUUACCAGGUUUUGCAGAGAGUUACAUGGGGUAAUGCUAGCAAUCAGUACUGCUGCUCUAUCAUAAAUCACUAAAUCUCUGUCACAUUGAAGUUAAUUUUAUUUGCAAAUGAAAUGACAAAUCAAAUCAAGAAAGCUUUUGAAGAUAUUAAAUGAAGCCAUAAAAAGUGUUUAUUACCAAAGUGACCCGUUUCAUUGUUUAUUCUGCUGAAGUGAGAUAUUGUUGAGUGCAGAGCUUCAGUUAAACAAUUUCUGUAAAUGUUUUCUGUAUCACUAAUAAACAAUAUUAAAUUUCCCUGCGGGGGAAGAUUAAUAAUC